CUCCUCGCUACUUGUCAAAUGACAAAAUCUGACAACUACAUAUAUUUCUGUUUCGUUUACAAUUUUUGUAUUUUUUAAAGUUUUCAUCCAAAAAUUAAAUUAAAGAAUUAUGCAAAGUGCAUUAUUUACUACGACUAAAGUCACCUAUGCUGCUAUAAUAUGCUCAGGUCUAGCACUACGUUCAAUAAUUUCUCUAUAUGAUUAUUCCGGAGCAUCAAUACCACCCAUGUAUGGCGAUUAUGAAGCUCAACGACACUGGCAAGAGAUUUGCGUCAACCUACCGGCAUCUACUUGGUACAAAAAUUCAACAGAAAAUGAUUUACUUUACUGGGGUUUAGAUUAUCCACCACUUACUGCAUAUCACAGUUUAUCCUUGGGACAGAUAGCAAAAGUACUCAACACUUCGUAUGUCGAAUUGCAUGAUUCGAGAGGAUUCGAAUCUGAAAAGCACAAAACUUUCAUGCGAUUAAGUGUUCUUGCGGUGGAUGUGUUAAUAUACAUUCCAGCCAUAUUGCUAUCUGUAAUGGAAAUACAGUCAAUCCGUAGCAAUAAAGGACCUUCAACUUUGGGUUUUCAACACUUGGCUAUUUGCUUGUUCUAUCCAGGGCAAAUGCUGAUAGACAACGGACACUUUCAGUACAACAACAUGUCGCUGGGUCUAGCAGCCUUGGCUAUUGUGGCAAUACUGAGGGAACGAUUGAUCUUCGGAUCGAUUUUCUUCUCUUUAGCACUCAACUACAAGCAAAUGGAAUUAUACCAUGCUGUUCCUUUUUUUGUAUAUUUGUUAAGUAGUUGCAAGCAAGAGAAAACUUAUGGCCAACAAAUACUUAAACUAGUUAAAAUUGGAACUAGUGUAAUUGUGACUUUUGGUCUUCUUUGGCUUCCAUGGAUCAACUCUUGGGAUAACUUGUCAAUUGUUCUUCGACGAAUAUUUCCUAUUUAUCGAGGAGUAUUUGAAGAUAAAGUAUCCAAUGUUUGGUGUGUCUUGAAUGUGGUCAUUAAAUUGAAGAGCAUCUUUAGUAAUGAGCGCAUGGCACUAAUAUGCUUGAUCGUCACUGGUCUAGCACUUGUUCCAAGUUCAAUACAUCUUUUUGUAAAACCUAGCAAACAAGGAUUUCUCUAUUCGCUUUUUAACUCGGCGUUGGCAUUUUUCCUUUUUUCAUUUCAAGUUCAUGAGAAAUCGAUUUUACUACCUGCUCUACCUGCAAUGUUGCUCUAUCCAAUGGAACCAUAUAUGAUGACGUGGUUUUUGGAGAUUUCUACAAUCAGCAUGUUUCCACUUUUAGAUAAAGACAAACUUGUGCUGCCUUUUAUAUGCAUAGUAGUUAUCUAUCAAGUUCUGAUUCGUAUGAUAAGAAAAAAAGAACCUCAGGACGGUAUACGUCAGGAAAUAAAAUGGCUCUAUUUCUUGUCAUGUGUGAUGAGUAUAGCUUUAGUAAUUUGUCAUCUGUAUGCACCGGUUCCAAAGAAAUUGCCACAUGUAUAUGUAUUAGCGAUAUCAGUGUUUUCUUGUCUUCAUUUUGUAGCAUUUUUAGGUUAUAUUAAUUAUAAACAACUUACAUAUAAGACGUUAAGUAAAAAAAUUCAUAAAAAUUAAACAAAAAAUGUUUUUAUUUUUAA